AUGAAUAAAUUCGGUAGAAUCACCCGUCAUGACAUGGUUGUUACUGAAAUCAUUAAAUCACUUAUUAAACGUUAUAAAAUCCCCAACAUCACAAACUUCAAGGCACCCAUCUUCUCAAACUCUUUAAAGGAAAACAAUCAAACCAUCAUCAAUGUUGAAAUCUUACGUGAUGUUUGUUUUAAAAACUCUAACUCAAUACAAAAUAAACCUGAUAUUGUAGUUAUUGAUAAAGUAAAACACAUCAUCCGUGUUAUUGAUAACCAAUACAAAGACCCAGAUGGCAGAUCAUUUGAUGUACAAAUAAUCCCAAUAGUCAUAGGUGCAUUUGGCAGAAUUAUAACUAAAGAAGUUCCCCACACUGAAAAAGAUAUAACUCUCACCAUCAAAUCCCUCAAAGAUUGUUUAAGUCUACUUCCACUUCCUGAAACCGAAAAGGUUCAUUUGUUCAAGAAAUUACCAAGAAAAGCAAUAAUUGGUACUAUCCUAUCUCUCCAAAGUUGGACCCAAAAAUUUAAAGCCUCAUAA